AUGGACCAAAUGCAGUUAACUGGACAAAGCAAUAGGAUUUGUAGUUCAAAAUAUGGAGUAAAUUACUCGAAGGAGAAUGCAGGAAAAUGGGCCACAUUAUUCAUUGCACCUUUCAACAAUAAAGUGCACCCUUCAAUGCUAUUCAAAGGCUGGGUACCUGUCACAUCAUGGGAGUCCAUAUCAUCCCAGCCACAAAAAGCCUCGAAGAUAUUUCUUUUCAUGAAAAACCAAUUUCCCAUAUUAUUUUUCUUUCGAACAACAAAAA